CUGUUGGCUGUUAGAGGAAAGAAAGGCUGCAGGCUGGGCUCACGCAUGGCCACUAAUGUGCAGUGGACAAGUGGUCAUAACAUGGAUGUGGAGCUCUACUUCUGACACUGUUAGAAAGAGCAAGCGGUGGAAGCAGGCAUGUCGGAGAAGAAGCCACGAGGCUCAGACACCCGGCCCAAAAGUGGCUUCCGCAGCUGGAGUGCAGACAGUUACAUUUGGAAGCGGAAGAAACGCUCCCGGAGCUCACGCAAUGAGUCGAGUCCUGGAAGCAUGGAGGCGGACGGGACGGAGGAUCUGGGUGUGCGGUCGUCAUCCUGUCCGAGGCGGCGCAGAGAGAGGAAAUGUAGCUGCAGUGCUCUAGGGGACACGCUGACAUCUGGAGACAUUGAUGCAGUGUGCCGGAAGGCCUUGUCCCGGCGCUCUCUGCGGCAGAAGUUUCAGGACGCUAUGGGCCAGUGCUUUCCUCUGCGCUCUCACCAUCACCACCACCAUCACCACCACCACCACUCAUCGGGCUCCUCACGACCCUUUUCAGUGCUCUUCUGGUCCAAACGCAAGAUCCAUGUGUCAGAGCUCAUGCAAGAUAAGUGCCCAUUCUCACCCAAGUCUGAACUUGCCCGAUGUUGGCACCUAAUUAAAAAUCAUGAUACCCACCCAAGUGCCCUCAGGGACAUGGAGGCUCCCCUCAAACCCAAUGCCUCCUCCUCUACCUCUCCACCACAAACCCCAAUCUCCUGGGAGGACAUCUGCUGCUCCCCUGGACCUGGAAUCACCAGUCUGGAAGACUGGGACCCUUCUUGUGCUCAUGGAGGAGAAGAGGGCAGCUGUGGACACACUGACUACGUCCUGGUCCCUGAUCUCCUUCAGAUCAACAACAGCCCAUGCUACUGGGGUGUGCUGAACCGCUUUGAGGCAGAGGAGCUGCUGGAGGGACAGCCAGAGGGGACGUUUCUACUCCGAGACUCCGCACAGGACGAGUUUCUCUUCUCGGUCAGCUUUCGGCGCUACAGCCGCUCCCUGCACGCACGCAUUGAACAGAAUGGCAAACGUUUCAGCUUCGAUGUGCGUGACCCGUGUAUGUACCGUGAUCCAAGUGUGACGGGACUGCUUAGACACUACAGUGACCCAGCCACCUGCCUCUUCUUUGAACCACUCCUUUCCAGGCCUCUCCCAAGGAACUUCCCUUUCUCCCUCCAGCACCUGUGCAGAGCAGUGAUCUGCAGCUGCACUACCUACCAAGGCAUAGACAGCCUGCCUCUGCCACCUCAGCUCAGGGACUAUCUCACACAUUACCACAUUAAGUGUGAUGGAGCCUGUGCUGUGUGACUUUCCAAAACAGGCUUCAUCCUGAGGACAAGCAAAAGCAGCUUGUCUUGGCAAAAGUACUGUCAUUAAAUUCUAACUGUGUUUGCUGUUGAUAUUCUCACCUGACGUUUAAAGAUGCUGAAUUGGAGAGGGUUUAUUUUUUUAGGAUGUUUGUUGAUCUUGAUGUCUUCUAUGAGCAAAGGAUUACCAGCUGCUCUACAGUUUCAUAUACUGUAAUGGCAAAUGAUGGCAAAGUCAGGCUCGCAGGACAAGAAAGCAACCACCAGAGGGGACUGCGGUGUGGCGAGACAGCCUGAGUGUUGGCUUAACCAAGCUUCAGUGAGCCAACACUCCAUCACAUACAAGUUAAGAUCAUAGAGAUGCUAUGGUCUUGUCCUGAACACAACUACUGCAGUCCAAAGUUAGAGGUAAAGCAACUCCAGGUGCAUCUAGUAAUAUCCAAGAAUUAUGAAUUUUUGAUGAUGUCGCUAACUGUAACCAAACUAAUGUUUAGACCUCCUGAUAUUUCUUCCCAGCCUUGCCAUAUAUAGCUGCAAAUUCAUUACAAAGAACCUAUUAUGCUUUUCAUAUUUUCUGUCAUAUGCGUCAAUGCACCAUUGAAGUGGUGGAUACUCAUUAAACAUUCAAUAGUAAGGUCAGAUAACGAGGUCAGCGUACGUACAAGUAAUCGCUGAGAGCCAAAGGUUCAGGCUUCUGUCUGCUCUGAACACUCAGUGAAAGGGGACAUCACUAUCACGGCCGUCUGAAGCAGGCAGCUCUGGAUGUGAGCAGCAGAGCCCCAGCCUCCCAGCUGCUGUUCAAAACUUUUGUUUGUGAUGAACAGCCAGCAUGCAAUAAAUAAGGAUUAGUUGUGAAAUGCGAAUCUUACAAAGCUACCAAUAGAGUACAAACAUAGAGCUGGAAAUUUAAACAGUGCUGUAAUGUAACCAAUCAAUGAGUCGCUCCUGAUAACAAGGAUGCUAAUUUAAAAUUUGGGCUUUUUUUUAAUCUGCUUCACAAAAUGGGUUCAAACACCGUGCUGGCAAUCAAUAUGUGUUAUUAGAGAAAAUAGAGAUAAUAAAUUAGAGAUACAUCAUUACGGGAAAGGAGACUUAAUUAAAACAUUUAAAUAGUAUAAGCAGCAGAAAUGGGUUGAGUGGCACCAGUAAUAUCAGCGAUAUGUUUUACAGAAGAUGUUCCAAAAACAGUUUUAUAUAAGUUCUUUAUAUAUUUCAGAUAAAACAGAUAACAAGCCGCUACAGCUACAGAGAGCAGAAGCCUAAACAAGACCAAACUAAAAGAUAAAAGAUAUGGAUUUUUAUCCUUCUGACUGAGGGUUACUGACCUGACAUUAAAAAAAAAAGAUCAUCUUUAGUCUUGAUCUGGGGCUUAAGAAGAGCUGAAAGAGUCCUCGCCAAAUUCAUCAAAGUAACUAUAUGAAAGGAAACGCUAUAGAAUCAAAUAUGAAACUAAUAAUCGAUGAAGGGCGGCUAAAGCGAACCAAUGUCAUCCUCUCAAAUGUCAGCCUCUUGUGCAGCUUCUUCCUUUGGGCUGCAUUCUUCUCUCCAGCCACAAGGUGGAGACACCACUACACCAAUCUGCUUCACCUGACUGUCUUUGAACCCUCCAUAAAGCACCUCUGUGAAUGUGUCCUCUAACAUCAGCUGUGCGAGAAACUGUUCUCUUCUUAGGCAUAUAUUGUAUUCACCACAUUGAUAC